UUGAUGAUGCCCCAAUUAGGCUCAAAUAGAGAGCAGAGAUUGCAACAAGCGAGAAAUAAGAUUGCUUCUUUGAAUAAAUCUGUUAAUCAACCAUACAAUCAAACUGUAGAGCCUGUUUUAGGAAGGAAUCUACCAAGUGAUCAGUUCAUGAAGCAUAAAUUAGCUCCAGUAAUGACCAAUUCGUAUACCAAUCAAAGACGAACUAGAAAUAAAAAUACAGGUGUUAACCUGAGCAUGGACUUAAAAUCAAUGAACCACAACCCAAUAAAGAAUCUUAGUCUUCCGAUGAAUACUUCUAAAAUCUCAGAAAAAAAUAUCUCUCCUUGUCCUUAUGCAGGAAAUAAGCCUAUAUCAACAAUGACUCCAUUGAAGAAUGGCAAUAAGUCUCGAAAUCAUGGAAAAUCUUCAGCUACAAUGGCUAUUCCAAAGAAUGUGAGGCCGCUCCCCAUCCACAAUAAACAAGAUGUCUUCGAUGAAUGGGGUGCAGUCCUUCGUCACCAAGACGAAAUCGAUCAAAAGCUCCAACAGCAACAAUUUGAAAAGAUGAAACUGAGGCAAGUAAACUACAAAUAAAGAGCUUGAUAAACAAUCCAAAGAGUUCCAAGACCGUAAGAAAGGUGCCUUGGGCGAUAAACUCAAGAGAGAAGAAGAGCUCCGAAAAUACCAGGAACGUAUCCAAGAACAAAAAGUCAAGAAUGAACAAGCUAUGAGAGAACGGCUCCUUAACAAUCAGAAAUCAGCUGCAUUAGCAAGCCUUUCAGAGCUUGAAUCCAGGAAGAAACAGGACUUGUUAAUGAAAAAUAUGGAAAUUAACCGUCAAAGAGAUCAGAUGAAGAUAGAACAUGAGAGAGAACAAGCACUGAAAAGAGAAAAAAUAGCCCAAAAGAAGAAAGAAGAGACUAACUACCACCAUAUCCUAGCUGAACAGGAGCGUGAGAAGAAGCAAAAACAAUUGCAAGAUAAAGAAGCUGAUAAACACUUCCUUGCUGAUGAGACUAACCGUCUCGAAAAAGACGAUGCUGAAAGAAGUAAAUUCUUCAAAAAGCUGAAAGAUAUCCAAGUAAAGAAUGAUGAGAAGCAGAAAAGCCUUCUAAAGUACAUGCAGCAGGACAAAGCCUCUCUGAACGCAGCACAGGAUGAAAAGAAUUAUAUAAAGAGCAUCCAAAUUGGCGACAAAAAGGCUUUACACAAGGAACUUACAGAGAAACUAACUAAAGACAAGAAUAUUAAAUAAUAACUUUCAGGUCCUAUCAAUGCAGCUAAAGGAAAAGGAGAUGGCUAAGAAAGCUGAAAGGGAACAACAGAAUUUAUACAAGCAGCAAUUCGAACAAGAGGUUACUCAAAUUCAGCGUGAAGAAACUGAUGCAAGGAACAAACAAAAAAUCCGUCAGCAAGAGUACAAUAAAGCGCUGAAUAAUCAACUGAAGGAGAAGAACAAGAAGAGCAAGUAUGCAGUUUUAAUGUCAGAGUAUGAACGAAGUGUCAAUAAUAAUGAUAUAAGUGCAUAUCAAAACAUGGAUCUAGGGACUCUCAGUGCUAAAUUACCAGGAUUCUCCUCGCAUAGUUCACAAGAUAAGUAUAUUGAUAAGAGCUUGAACUCCGAUACCAAAGAAACUACUGUCAAUGGGAGAUACAAUGACUGCAUAUGUCCUCCAGAAAAACAGAAUUCUAGGAAUAUACAAGAUAAAAUAAGACUAAGGAACAACACCAAACUCAAAGAUGCAGCCCUGAGAUCAUUCGAGAAUUUUGGUGAUGGGAAAGGAAUCCAAAUCUCUGAUAAUUCCCCUAAUAGGAAUAGGUUGGAAAGAGUCAGAGACAAUAUGGAAAAGCAAGAUGCUAUGAAAUAUAGAGCAAAUACUAAUAAUAGAGGAUAUGGAUUCGAACAAAUUCUGGCCAAGAACCCUCCAACAACCAGAGAAAAUGAACAUAUGUUGGCUUCAAAAUCAGCUCCGAAAUUUGAGAAGGCAAAGAACUUAUACGAGUAUAAUUUCAAAGCUCCAGGGAAUUAUUAAACAAUGAUAAGUUACCUCUUUUU